UCUUUUCUCUUCCUUCUCAAAAUCUCCAUGGCAGCUUCAACCGGCUCUACUUCCGCCACCGCUUGCAAAACCCACCUGAACCUUUCCACCGCGCCGUUCUCAAAACCCUACUCCUCACACCUCGCCUUCAAGUUCGGUAAAUUUACCUCCCGUGCCGCCGCGCCUUCCUCCAUCUCCUGCACUGUGGCGCGAGACGCCGCGGCUAGUCUCCGGAUGGAUAGCAAGACCGAGAACGGGUCGCUGGCUGGGCUGCCCCGACCCGAUUCGUUCGGAAGGUACGGGAAAUACGGCGGCAAAUAUGUCCCCGAGACGCUAAUGCAUGCGCUCUCCGAGCUCGAGACCGCGUUCCGCAAGCUCGCCGAUGAUGAAGAGUUUCAGAAUGAGUUGAAUGGCAUUUUGAAGGAUUAUGUGGGCAGAGAGACUCCUCUCUAUUUUGCAGAGCGGCUAACUCAGCAUUACAAACGUGCUAAUGGUGAAGGGCCGCACAUUUACUUGAAGAGGGAGGAUCUUAACCAUACCGGGGCCCACAAGAUCAACAAUGCUGUCGCCCAAGCUCUGCUAGCUAAGAAAUUGGGCAAGAAGCGUAUUAUUGCUGAGACUGGAGCAGGUCAGCAUGGAGUCGCCACCGCAACGGUCUGUGCUCGGUUUGGAUUGCAGUGUAUUAUCUACAUGGGUGCUCAGGAUAUGGAACGACAAGCUCUCAAUGUUUUCAGAAUGAAACUUCUUGGUGCUGAGGUUAGAGGAGUCCAUUCUGGAACAGCCACAUUGAAGGAUGCUACCUCAGAAGCUAUAAGGGACUGGGUUACUAACGUAGAGACAACUCACUACAUUUUGGGCUCAGUUGCUGGUCCGCAUCCAUACCCUAUGAUGGUUCGUGAUUUCCACAAGGUAAUUGGGAUUGAAACAAGAAAACAGGCUUUGGAAAAGUGGGGUGGGAAACCAGAUGUUUUAGUAGCUUGUGUUGGUGGUGGUUCGAAUGCAAUGGGACUUUUUCAUGAGUUCGUGGAAGACAAAGAUGUCAGAUUAAUUGGGGUGGAAGCUGCAGGUUUUGGAUUAGACAGUGGUAAACAUGCAGCAACCUUGACCAAAGGAGAUGUUGGAGUUUUGCAUGGAGCGAUGAGUUACUUGUUACAGGAUGAAGACGGCCAAAUCAUUGAGCCCCAUUCAAUUAGUGCAGGCCUGGAUUACCCUGGAGUUGGACCGGAACAUAGCUUUCUGAAAGACUUGGGGCGUGCUGAAUACCAUAGCAUUACUGAUGAAGAAGCUUUGGAGGCCUUUAAAAGAUUAUCGCGGUUGGAGGGAAUUAUUCCAGCUCUCGAGACUUCACAUGCCUUGGCUUACCUGGAGAAGCUUUGCCCUACUCUUCCGGAUGGGGCCAAAGUUGUGCUCAACUGUAGUGGCAGAGGUGAUAAAGACGUUCAUACGGCCAUUAAACAUUUGAAGGUUUGAUGUUGUGCGGAAUAAACACAGAAUCAUUAAAUUAAAGUUAGAACCACAGGUUUAUGUUUUCUUAUGUAACUUUAUGUAAUUGUCGCAUAGAGCCAUGCUAAUUAGCAGAUCAAGUUGUUCAUUGGUUGAUGAUGUCUCUUGGCAUCAGCUGUCCAUGAACAAUUGAUUGCGACUUUGAAAGAAGUAUUGUAUGCUAUCUUUCUGCAAGGGUUUGAACUGUUGUUGUAUUGCAAAUCUCUUUGGUUUCUGUACAAUGUUACUUUAAAGUAUCUGAAAGAGGAAGAUAUGCCAAACAUUUUAUGUUGGAA